AUGCCGUUAAACAAUGGAUUGCCCGUAAAAACCUUUAAAUUUACCUUUAAAUCGUUGCUUACCACUUUUAUCGCCGGUUUAAAUUUUUUUUCGAAAACAACCUUUACAUUUACGGCUUGUUUUGGCGCUAGCCCGUUGCUAUUAUUAAGGCGUAAACGGUUAAAACGGAUGCAAAUUUUUGCAUUUUAUUUAAAAAUAUGCUUAAUUAUAUCGCUAAAUACGUUUUUAAAGCGGAAAUACAAACGUUUUCUUUUAAAAAAAUUAUAA